UUCCGGCGUCGCAACGGCCUCCGCCCCGCCACUUCCGGCUCGGUCUCGGGCCGGUGCGAUGGUCUCAGACCUGCGAAGGACACCUGUGAGCAGCGUGUUUCGCAGCCAUGGAGCAGGACGACCCGGCCGAGGCGCUGACGGAGCUGCGCGAGCGCAAGCCCAGCCGCUUGGAGCUGCUGCAGGUGGCGGCGGGCUCGGGCCUGGCCGCCUACGCCGUGUGGGCGCUGCUCCUGCAGCCGGGCUUCCGCCGGGUGCCUCUGCGGCUGCAGGUGCCCUAUGUUGGUGCGAGUGUGCGGCAGGUGGAGCACGUGUUGUCGCUGCUGCGAGGCCGUUCUGGAAAGCUGGUGGACCUGGGCUCUGGCGAUGGCAGGAUUGUGCUGGCUGCCCACAGAUGCGGUCUCCGCCCCGCUGUGGGCUAUGAGCUGAACCCGUGGCUGGUGGGGCUGGCAAGGCUGCAUGCCUGGAGGGCAGGCUGUGCCGGCAGUGUCUGCUACCACCGUGAGGAUCUCUGGAAGGUGAGCCUGAGGGACUGCCACAACGUGUGUGUGUUCCUGGCCCCCAGCGUGCUCCCACUGCUGGAGGGAAAGCUACAGGCAGAACUACCUGAGGGGGCCCGCGUGGUGUCGGGACGCUUCCCCCUCCCCACCUGGCACCCUGUGGCUGUGGUGGGUGAGGGCCUGGACCGUGUCUGGGCCUAUGACGUCCACGGUGGUGGGCCAGGUGGGCAGGCUGCCCCAGCACCCAGUUCUGCCUUGGUCCCUAGGACCCCUGACCCUCAGGCUGCUGACCAUUGCAUUGUGGAUCCAAUAAAGACUCAGUAGGCUCCA